UAACUCAAUAGAAUGUAACCAAACAUUUGGCUCUUGAUUAGUUUUCAACUUACGUGUACUUUUAGUGUACUUUCUACCCUGAUGAAAUUAAUUUUCUAAGUACUAAAAUUCCAAAAAUAUGGGUUUAUCGCGCCAAGAAGUAAACCUACGUAGGCUAUUAGCAAAAUGUGAAUUGAUGCUGAAAAGCAAUCAGCAAGACGAGCGAUUUCCGAAGUAUUUAAAUUCUUUAGAGGAAAUGCUGAGGGAAGUAAUAAAAUCGCCUGUGAAACCACUAGAAGAAAAUCUAAACGACUACAAAAAGAAAAUCUACAACAUCAAGGUAACGCUCGGGGUGGACGAAGAGAAAGACAAAGAGUUUUUACUCAAUGAAACCAACCAAUCCAAAGAAAGAGAUGAAUUAUUAGGUCUUCGACAGAGAACUGUUGCAAAAGAAGCUGGGGGUCUUGAUGACUUGGAACAAGUUAUCAAUAUGCAUCAAAAUUUACAUGAAAAAAUUGCAGAGGAUAUGCUGCAGUUGACACAUAAUUUGAAAGAGCAGUCAAAAUUAGCUAAUAAAAUCAUCAAACAAGACACUGAGAUUGUUAGCAGAAGUGCACAUCUAACUGACAACAAUAUGACCAAUUUAAAAGGAGAGUCUGAGAAACUGACAGAACAUUCCAAUAAGGCAUGCAAGUGCUGGAUGUGGAUUAUGCUAAUGAUUGUUUUAGUUGUAUUUGUUAAUAUGGUACUUUUCAUGAAAGUAAUGAAAAAGAAGUAAAUCAUCACUUAUUCACCACUAUCACAUAAGAUAAAAUUAAAUCAUGCAAUCAAAGGAAAUAAUUUAAGCCACUGAGAGAUUCAAGUCUGGUUUGCUCUUUGUAAACCACCGAUUAAAGUCCAAUCUAUGCAGCAGCUGUAAUAAAUGCGGGCCGGACACCCUCUCGUGCAUGGAGUGCAGCGCUCUAAAGAGAUUCUCCAGAAUGGUGUCCAAGUUGUGCUGGAUGUCUUCGAGCUGUCGACGUUCGGGCGACAGUAAUUCAGAGCCCCAAUUGUUCGCAAGCAGACAAAAGCUGUCACACAACUCCAACAAGCAGAUUAUUAUAUUGUACACCUGGAACAGGGACAAGGGAAAGGUUUUAUUAUUUAUUUAUAUUUAUUGAUAAAAAUAAAAUAAAAAAAAACAAACCUUGGGUUUCAUGUCGAAGUCUAGGCUUGGUAAUUGCAGCAGAUUGAACUGUGAUUGUUCCUUAUCAGCCUAAAACCGACAAAUAAAUAAUAUUUUGAAAUUUU